AAGCACGGAAUGCGUGCCUGAAAUAAACGAGACAAGCGUUGGGCUGAGAAUGGAGGGAUCCAAGAGAGGUGUUGGCUCUUAAGAAAAUCUGAAACCCGGAAUAACAUAUAGGAGAGGAGGGUUGACGCUUGCAAAUUACGAAUCUCAUUGCUCCCAACACAAAUAACGUGAAAUCAGGUAUUCGAAAAUCAAUUUGGACACCUGAUUUCAGUUCUUUUCUUAAUAAUUGUUUCUGUUGUACACAAACGCAACGCAACACCAACACCCACACGAGCAGGGAGAGAACAAGAGGGAAAAGAAUAUGGGGUGCUCAUUCUCUGGUUUGAACGCGCUGUACGAUUCCGUUAACAGCGGAGGCGAUGCGUGGAUCAACGAGAAUCGUUUCCGCAUCGUGCGCCAGCUCGGAGAAGGUGGCUUCGCCUACGUCUACCUCGUCAAGGAGCUUAUCAACGACUCCGCCGCCGGUGGCCUUGCCAAGAAGCUCAAAGACUCCUCUCAUCUCUCCGAGGAUGGGACUUAUGCUAUGAAAAAGGUCCUCAUUCAGAACAAUGAACAGCUGGAGUUGGUCAGGGAGGAGAUCCGUGUCUCGUCACUGUUCAAUCAUCCCAAUCUGCUCCCACUUCUUGAUCAUGCAAUUAUUUCUGUUAAGCCUACCCAAGAAACGUCUUGGAACCAUGAAGCGUACUUGCUGUUUCCAGUUCAUAUGGAUGGAACAUUGCUAGACAAUGCCAAAGUAAUGAAAACCAAGAAGGAAUUCUAUUCCACCUCAGAUGUUCUUCAAAUAUUUCGUCAGCUUUGUGCAGGACUCAAGCACAUGCACAGCUUUGAUCCUCCUUAUGCACAUAAUGAUGUGAAACCUGGUAAUGUUCUCAUAACACACAGAAAAGGACAGCCACCUCUUGCCAUACUGAUGGAUUUUGGCAGUGCUCGUCCUGCAAGGAAGCAAAUUACGAACAGAUCAGAAGCACUCCAGUUACAGGAAUGGGCAGCUGAACACUGCUCUGCACCUUUCCGAGCUCCUGAGCUGUGGGAUUGUCCAAGCCAAGCUUCUAUAGAUGAGAGGACUGACGUUUGGUCACUAGGAUGCACAUUAUAUGCAAUAAUGUAUGGGGUAUCUCCAUUUGAAUAUGCACUGGGAGAGUCUGGUGGAAGCCUGCAAUUGGCUAUAGUAAAUGCUCAGGUGAAAUGGCCAGCUGGACCUAAGCCUCCAUAUCCAGAAGCUUUUCACCAGUUCGUGUCAUGGAUGCUUCAGCCCCAGGCUGCUAUGAGGCCCCGAAUAGAUGAUAUCAUCAUCCAUGUGGAUAAGUUGAUUGCAAAGUUCACCCAAUGAGAGAAGGGAAAAGUGGUGCAUGAGAUUACAUAUUUUGCAGUUAUUUAAAGAUUUGGUGUGCAUUUACUGUCCGGUUAUAUGUUAAUGGAUAGAAAAGCAACAGCAGUUCCUCGCCUGACGGAGUUAACCUUAUAAUGUAUCUUCGUUUUUGGUGUUAGUCUAGGUAGUCACUCCGCCGUUGGCAAAGUCUUCUUUCUGUCAUUUCUACAUAAUUUUUGUUUUUGUAAUCAAAUCUCCAAUCUCCCGUGUCUUCACAAUUUAUCAAUAAAUAUUAUGUAUCAUUUAUUUAUUCA